AACGACUUCCGGCCCGAAAGGGAAGUCCGCUCCCUUGUCUCCCAGAUCUCCCCCUCCCCCCUCCCCAAUUCCCCGCCACGCGAAGCUGCGGCGCACGGUAUGGGUGUGUUUGUGUGUGUUCGUAUGGGGAGGGCGUUUGGAGGGAAGGUUACCGGGAGCUCCGUGGCCGCUGGGGGACAGGGAUCCCGGUGACAGAGAUGGGGGCAUUUUCUCUGUCUUCCCCUUGGAAGCUUCACCCCCCCCUUCGGGCACUCUAGGUAUUUCUUGGGGCCCAGUCGAGGAUUGUACCCGUCCAGAGCGUCCCCGUCCUUUCGGGAGAGCGAAGCCCAACCCCCGGGUCCGUCCCCGAGGAGCGCGAGCGGGGAAUGCCCCGUCGAGCCGGCCGUCCGGAUCCCGCGGGGCGGCGCAGCCUCCGGCCUCAGUCGGGAAAGAGACCCCCCCUGUCGGGCUGGGCUGGGGGCAAGGCAGCGGUGGCCUGGGCCGCGGCUGAGGGCAGAAUAACCGGUGGGAAGGCUACGUUUUCACGAAGGACUCGGGUGAAGCUGCAGAGCUGCCUUUGAGCCCUGACUCCUUGGCUUCCUGAGUCGGAGGAGAUCUUGUAAUGGAGUGGUUCUUCGUCUCACACUAGCAAGAUGCCUGAUUUCCUCAGGAUCGAGGGAUUGAAGAAUGUCCCGGGUUCCAUUGGGGAAAGUCCUCCUAAGGAAUGUCAUCCGGCACACAGAUGCUCACAAUAAGAUUCAGGAGGAAUCAGAUAUGUGGAAAAUCAGAGAACUGGAGAAACAGAUGGAAGAUGCUUACCGGGGAACCAAAAGGAAAAUGUUACCCGGUAGUUCAAGCCGGAUGCGUAGUGAUGGUUUUGAUGAAGAGAGUCAGAGAGACUAUUGGAGGCCAAAGAAUGAAAUUUCUGGGGCACUAGAAGAUGAUUUUCUUAAGGCUAAAUCCUGGAAUAAGAAGUUAUAUGAUUAUGAAGCUAACAUGCCAGACAGAUGGGGUCACAGUGGUUACAAAGAGUUAUACCCUGAAGAAUUUGAAACAGACAGUAGUGACCAGCAAGAUAUUACCAAUGGAAAAAAAACAUCUCCCCAAGUAAAAUCAUCCACCCACGAGUCUCACAAACACAAGAAGUCAAAGAAAUCCCACAAAAAAAAGCAGAAAAAAAAGUCACACAAAAAACAGAAGAAAAGCAAAAAGGAAGCCACAGACGUAACAGCAGAUUCCUCAAGCGAGUUCUCAGAAGAAACUGGGGCUUCUAGUACCAGAAAAAGGAAACAGCCACAUAAGUGCAAGAAAAAAUCCAGGAAAAAGUCUCUCAAGAAACCUGCUUUAUUCUUAGAUGCAGAAAGUGACACUUCCCAGUCUGAUGAUUCCGCAUCCAGCAGUUCUGAGGAAGGUGAGGAAAGAGACACUAAGAAAACCAAAAGGAAAAAGAAAGAGAAAAAAGUCCAUAUCCCUAUAGUUAACAAUGAAAUACAGCAGAGGACAAACAAACGCACAAAUUGGAAAGUGGCUACAGAUGAAAGGUCUGCAGACAGUUCAGAGGAUGACUAAAUGAGAAACAUUCUUCAUUUGCCCAGCUGACUCCUGGUUACUUGCAGCUCUGUUGCCUUCGGGUUUUGCCAGUGACUCUACUGCCCAGUACAGGGGCCCUGAGGUCAGAGGUGUCCUGUGCCAUCUAUAUAUGUUCUGACAGACUUGUCUUGUUUUGGCCUGUUAAACUUGAUCCUCCUGUUGUUAAUAGGGAGUCUGGUAUUUUGUUAUGAAGUAUUCUCGAAGAGAUUAUUUUUUGCAAUUAAUCACACUUAGGGUAGAGUGCAUAUACAGCAAAUUAAAGGACCCAGAAAGCUGAACCCACUAAUGACCUGGGUACACCAAUUGGAAUGUUGAAUCUGAGGAAAGCAAGGGCUGGGAUCGAGAGGUGGGUUGGAACUGGUACUGUGUCGAAUGUUGUAAGGGAACAUCGUGUUGCUGUUUAAUAGCUGGUGCCAGGACUUAACUUUUUGUGUCUUCAGCCUUGGUGCUUUGAUCUUUCUGUGUUUGGCCCCUUAGAUAUGUCCAGUUUAUUUAAUGAGAAAAAGAGUAUAAGAACAAGAUACUUUUCCUUCAUGAUAACAUCCAUAGACCGCUGUUAUUAUGAGACUAGGGUUUUUUGUUUUUUUGGUCAAAUUCCCCUGCUGGACAGGGUCUGUGGAUACAUUCAGUAUACCCCUAAACAUGGUGAUUAGAUAGUAAAUGGUUUUCUACUUCCAUUGCUGUAUAUUGCCUAAAUGGACUGGUGUUCAAAAUUCUUUCUUUGGUUGUCCUAAGUCCUCAACCAAAUGGGAUAAAGUUAGGAAUUGGUCAUGCCGUCUAAUGGUGCUCUGAACAGGAUUCAGGGUCACAACUGCCAUUUAAAUGUUAUCUUCCUUGUUCAUUUCUAAAUUUAUUAAUGAACUUUAGAUUUUCCCUGAAACUAAGUUGAAUCAGUUCCAAAAUGAAACAGGUUUCUCAGGGAUGCACCCACUUCUUCCCAGUCAGCCUUCUGGUUAAAGCACCAAGCAGAGAUCAUAUUAUUUCCCUUUGCUCUAUACUGUGAUCCCUACUGUUGAUUCUUAAGAAACCAAAAUAUCACUGAAAAAAAGGCUGUUAGAACAAAGGUGAAUUUUUUCAUUAUGACAGAAUGUCAAGUGACAUUGGUUUCCUGGUUGUCACUUCAUGGGCUGAGUAGAAAACUUGAAAACCCAGACUUUUGGUCUUGGUUCUGCCACUAACUAGUUAUGAAGUCUGAACAGGUAAGUUAACGUCCCCGGCCUCACUUUCCCCACGUAGAACACAGAAAUACUUCAUGGUAGCAUGACAGUGUAAGACACCAGCAAUAGAAUAGACCUAGAACAACAUUCCGUGAGGUGGUAAUACUUUGUAGUUCUAACUACUAAAUUUGUUCUCUUUCCAGAACAGAUUUCUAAUAAAAUGCUUAGUUAUAAAAUACAUGGUUGGCUAGAGGUUCCCAUCCCUUGAUUAUAAGCAGGUGCUACCUUUGAGGAUAUUUACUUGAAAAUAUUAAUACUUUGGUACUCAAUUGUCAAUGUUCCAUGGCGUAUAUUUUUACCUUUGGGAUUAGUAGGGGCCCAAGGGUUGGGGGCGGGGGGCAGUCUGUAAUUACUACCUCUUAACCUAAAGCAAUUGUUUUGUUCUUGGAGUAAGUGAAAUCUUUGUUGGAAGGAGUCUUCAGCACGUAUUUUUUAAGCAUUCUCUCUGUGCUGUAAAAGUUCUGAUUUUAGCAGACUCAGGAAGAUGGGCCAGUGUGAACAAGGCGUCUCCAGGAAGUUGGUUCUGCUCUGGUCUUGACCCUCCCCUUCUCCCAUACUAGCAGGCCUAUUCCUUUCCCAAGAAUACACAUCUUGCCUGUUUUUGGUUUGUUUGUUUGUUUGUUUUUGCCAUGUUUACCUUUUCUUGGUCAUGUAUAAGCAAUAAAGCUGUUUUCUGUUCUUCA